UAUAUUCAAUCAGAAUAAAGGCGUUGAGGGGUGGUUUUGACUUCACAUACCAAAAUUCGCAAAUUUGUAGCAUAAAAGCAAGCAAGUAAAGCGACAACGCUAAUUGAAUCCUAUAUAAUUUUGCUUGAUUCUACGUGAUUCGUAUCUCAGUCAUAUCGAUCAUUAGACCAAACCCAAUCUAAUCAUCAUUUCCUCAUCUCAAUUCAUUUCAUUAGCAAAACCCACGCCAAAAAUCCAAUCCUAUCACCACGUGACACAAAUCAAGACUUCGGACAAACUCAGGGUAAAUCCGAAGCCAGUUCCCGUCCGUCCCAUCAAAACUCUGGAUAUCAACAACAAAACAUAACCACAUCUUCCGGAGUCAACACCGAAAGAAUAUUUCAGAUAUUCACAAUGGCAGCCUUGAUUAAAGCAAUUAAUGCAAAGAUUCGUAGUAACCCGGCGGUUAGCUAUGUUUGUUCUACUCGUAAGUUAUGAUUUUAUUUUCGAGAGGGGGAGAGGGAGAGAGGAGGGAAUGUUGUCUUUGUUUGGAUUGUAGUGGAGGGGGUGGAUGGUUAAGGAAUGGUAUGGGUAUGGGUAAUGGAAGAGAGUAUCGCAUUGGGUAGGGGAUUGGGAUUGAUUGGGAGGUGAAGGAGAAUGUGAAGGUGGAAGUGGCAGAUAUUUGAGGGAGGUUGAGCGGGGUGCGUGGGGAAUUGCCGGAUUGGAGUGCAACUUAGAUGAUGGAUAUCGAUAGAGCAUAGGCAGUACGCAGAUAAUCAGUUGAACAUCUACUAAUAAACCUCACCAGAUUUCUGGGGUCCAGUUUCUAACUUUGGAAUCCCGGUUGCUGCCGUAAUGGAUACUCAAAAGAGUCCUGAUUUGUACGUCCCCCACUCCUCAUUCUCUCACCACAACCACAAAAUCUAACCUCACAUAGAAUCUCCGGCAAAAUGACCCUAGCACUGUGCAUCUACUCUGCAACUUUCAUGCGUUACUCCCUCGCCGUAACACCACUUAAUCCACUUCUCUUCCUCUGUCAUUUCGUAAAUGAAGGUGCGCAACUUACGCAAGGGUAUAGAUGGAUGCAAUAUCAUAAGUGGGGAGGUAAAGAGGCAGAAGCUAAACAGAAGAUUGGAUUGGGAGUUGAGGGGGUAAAGGAGAGUGUUGUGGAGGCGGUUAAGAAGGUUGAGGGGAAGGUUGAGAAGGCUAUUGGGAAAUAAGAGGGUUAACUUGAGAUGGAGGAGGGAUGUGGAGGGAUAUGCUGUUUGUGGGUGGCUUUCGUGCAAGAGUGGAUAUUGGUGUAGUAGGAAAUGGUAGAAGCUGAUGGUGGGGGAUCAAAUAGAUAUCAGAGGAUACGUGCAUGCGUGCGUGCGUGUGUGGUGUGCGAAAGUGCAAAAGUGCAAAAGUGCAUUAUACCUAGAGGAGGCAAAUCAAAGAAGAGAGUCAGACAAAUGAGGAAGAGAAAUGAAGAAUACAGUUACGAGCUGAUAACUACUCAAUGAAAAGAAAAGAAAAGAAAAGAA